AAAAUAAUGGGUAUAUUUAUCACAUUGUAUAAAUAUCCGUGAUAAACAUAAGCGCGAUUACUAAAGUGUUUGUGUGUUAAAAUUGGAGUAAGAGUAAAAUGCAAUAAAAGUUUUCCAGUUAAGUCUAACCUCAAACUUUUGUAAUAUUUCCUAUUAUGGGUUACAAGGCAGCUGUUCAUAUUUUGAAACAAGCUGAUGAUUUGAAAAUAAAAGUAAAUAGGAAAUGUGAUUUGUUAAACAGCAAUGAAGCAUGGACCAAUCAACAGAAAUUACAAACAAUAUAUCAUCAAGCUCUGGUGCUUGAUUUAGAAUAUGCUUUAGAUAAAAAAGUUGAACAGGAUCUGUGGAAUGUCGGCUUUAAAAAUCACAUAUCUUCUUUACAACAAAUGGCAAGGGACAAAAAAAAUCCAAAAAGAUCUGAUGCUCAAGCUUUACUGACAUGGUGCCUGGAAGCAGCAUCUGGUUUUUAUCUUACACUUUUACAAGACUUAUGCAAUACUUUUGAUAUAGAUUUACCAUUUAGAAGAAAGGGUAGUGUGUAUGGCCAGAUAAAUAAUAAUGUAGAUCAAGUGACACUGCCUCAGACAUCAUCCUGCCUCUAUAUUUGUCAAUAUUGCUUGGUGCAUUUGGGUGACAUUGCUAGAUACAGAAAUCAACGGAAACAAGCUGAAAAUUUUUACAAUCAAGCAAUAUUAGUUUCACCUACUAGUGGGCAACCUUACAAUCAACUAGCCCUUUUAGAGGCCAGCCAGGGAGAUAAACUCUCCACAGUUUAUUACUACAUUAGAGGAAUUAGUGUUAAAAACCCAUUUCCUGCAUCUACCACAAAUUUAAUGAAUACUUUAUCAUCAGCAAUUGACAAGGAUAGUCCUUUUGAGAAAAUCCAGACAAAAAUGACUGUGAAUGAAUUUAUCCAAUUAUUCCUUUGUACCCAUGGAUUCUUGCAUACAACAGUAGAUCUUAAACAAGCAGAGACCUGUGUAAAAAGUCUAAAUACCACUAUGACUGCACUGGUGGCUACUCAGAGUUUCUCAAUGGAUGCUUUGAUUAAGAUCACCACCAUAAAUUUGUAUGCCUUGAGACAUGUAUUGGGAACAAAUACAAUAUCAAAGACUGAAGAUUUGACUGAGGAUGAGAAGCAAGUGGUGGUGUUAACUUUAGAUUUGAUUGCGGGAUCACUCAGUGCAUUUUUAGUACCAGUUCACACUUUAGUUAUGGACGAAACUCUGUUAGAUUAUUAUGCCCUUCCAGCAGUUAAGUUAUUGAUGAACUUCAUUCAGUAUGACCCAGAUGUUUUAAAGCACAAGGUUUUUGCAAACAGACUUCAAAUUUGGCCUAGUUUAUGCAAGCUAUUAAACAAUGUUCAAAAAAGCUUAAAAGCGUUGAAUUACAAUAAGUAUAUAAAAUCGCCGUUGUCAGAGGAUAAAACUUUACAGGGCUUUUUACCAUUUACUUCAAUUUACAAAAACUUGAACUUCAAAGAAGAAAUUGAAGAUGCUUCAACUGAAAGAUUGGUGCGCAUGAAACGAAUUGUUGAGUUUAGUUUGUGGCUGUCAAAGGUAGACAUUAAUGGGAGUAAAUUAAUAACACAAAAUGAAGUAAAUGGAGAACUAAUUUUUGAACCUGGAUGCAUUCAACCUGAUCCAACAAAAGAUUUGUUGGAGGAAAUGAAAUCGUUUAGUAUUGAAGUCAGUGAAACUAAAAAGAGGAAUGGAUUGGACAAAAAGGCAGGUAUCCUAAAGCCACAAGGUUCCCUUGAAAAAUCGAGAGAAGAGCGUGAAAUGAAUAAUGAUACCACAGAUGUGAACUCAUCAAAUUUGAUGAACGGCAGUCAAAAGACGGACGGCUUAAAGAAUAAACGGGGAAAACAAAACGUUGCUUUGCAGUCAAUUUUCAAAAAAAUGGAAGAAAAUAAGCAGGUCAAGUUUAGUGUGGAUGAAAUUGAAAAGGAGAAAUCGGUUAAAUUUGAUUCAAAAUCGAUUCAAAAGCAACAACCUCCUCAGAAUUCCCAGUUUAAUUUGCCCCUUCGCACCCAAUCAUUUAACCAAAAUCAUCCAGCGUUUCCCUUGAAUCCAAACAAUCAAUCAGAUUAUUUGUCAACUCUUCGCAACGUGCCUAAUAUAACCAUGGACAAAGGGACCAAUUUCCAAUUUAACAAAUCAGAAUUACCAAACAUGAACAACCCGAUAAUGAUGCCUUUCGGAGCCGUUCAACAACCGAACAUGAAAGUGAAUAAAAUGCACAGCGGAUUUUCGCAGCAACCAAAUUCGUAUGGAAACCAGCAGAUGCCACCUGGACCAUACCCACCUGGCCCAUUCCCACCUUCGUUCAACAUGAUGAACCGUGAAGAAGUUCCCGCCGCCAAUAACUCCUGGUGGCCAAGCAAUCCACCACCGCCUCCAGCCAACAACAAUUUUCCAUCGAGAUAUGAAAACUUCCCCGUAAACAAUUACCCGUAUCAAGGCAACAUGGGCCCGUACAUGCCGCCCACGUCGAUCAUUCCUAAGCCGGACUUCAGCAAGCCGCCACCAAGCGGACCGACGCAGGGUGCCGGAGACAUUUUCAACCCGUCGAUCUGGAGCAGUUUCCACAGACCACACUACUCCAACGACUCACCGGGCGCCGGCUACGACGGUGGAGGAGGCCAAAGCAUUUCCAUGCGCCAGGCCAUGCUCAAGGAGGCCAACAUGCCAGGAGUCUCCAACUCGCCGGUAGGACGGUUUCUCAACACCAGCCAACCACAUCCGGAUAAAUUUAUGCCCAACACUGCGAAUGCCCCACCCGCAACAACACCAGGGUAUUCGUUAUUCAACACGACCGGUUGGAAUCCGAAUUUGCCUGGACAAUUGAAAAACAACAAGACUUCGAACGAAACCAACGUGAGCCAUGUGUCGCAACAGUCUCUAUUUGCUGGACAAGGACCUCAGUCACUGGCUCAACUCCUGGAGCAACAAAACCAAAUGCCGAAGAAUGAUUAAUAAAUAAUUAGCGGUAAUGCAUCGCAGAGGUUUCGGUUCUUCAUUAUUACGGUUGUCAUUUAUAGAUCAAGUUAUACAGUCAGAUUUGAAAAACCAAAAAUAAUAACAAUUCUCUGAAAGGGUCGUUGGAACAUCAUUAGAAGUGCCUUUCUAUGUUUGUGUUGGUGAGGAUUAAUGAAAAAUGAAAUUUUAAUACCUGGCUGUAUUUGAAGUUUUUUACAAUGUCGGACGUUCUUUUAUGUCGUAGAAUUACAGUUUCUCAUUGACAAGAUAUUCCAGAGUGAAUAUUACUGAAUGUUCGUUAAAUAUAAAUUUGCUUUAUAAUGUAACAUAUCCAGAUUGUUUUAUACCAUUGUUUAAUUAUUUUUCCUACUAGAUUUAAUUACUGUUUCUAACCACCUAUGGUCUGAUUAUAAAUUACUAGUCUAUGUAUUAUUGUCAUUUUGUUUUAAUGCACAUUGUACUUAUUUACUGUUUAAAUUAUUGUUACUUAUGAAGAUUAUAUAGCUUGUUUAGCUUUAUUACCAAAGUAGUUUUCUUCAGAGAAAUCAAACCAUUCAUAUUUUGAUAUACAUAUAAUUAUACUGUGAAUUAAAUACCAAUUGUUGCGUUAAUCAAUAAAGGAUAAUUUUUUGUUAAUGAAGCUUUA